GUCGUUCGACACUAUGAUCAUCCCUUUUUAUUCUUAUGGUAGAGGCAGUUAUUGUGUCGGUUCUAUUUCUCAUCAAUUUCGAAUAGACGUUUGCUUUUAGGUUAAGAUUAAAAUUCGGAAAAACAUCGAUAUCCAGCGCACUGUCGAAGACCGAAAAGUCUCUAUCUCGGAACAGUUAUAUAUUCUAGUGGUACACAGAAAGGGCGAAACCAGUGGAUCAAAUAACUAAUGGCCACCUCUCAUUAACCACAUAACUGUCACACUGUUGUAUCACCAAUCGCCCACGUGUUAAAAAGCUGGCGUUUCUGUUCUGUAUUUGCUAUUACGAGAACAGACUCUGGUAGAUUAUCUGGCGUAAGAUCACUUCAUUUUGAGAGAGGAUAUGUAGAUUAUCUAUCAAUAGAUGACGCUUAAUAAAUAUAGAACGAUUCAAUUAUUAUUUAUGAGACAACUGACUGUUGUCUCGACUAGAUGUGCCUUCUGCAUUGUUAUCGAGUUCUACCCUAUCUUUUAGCGUUGUUCUUCGAGUAGCUGUUCCGUGAAUUACGUUUGCAGGCGGAGAUAAGCAUGUUUCGACGAAUUCAACGAUUCUCCACCUCAGCCGUCCUUCGGUCACCAAAAACUGGCAUCCUUAUGCUAAACAUGGGAGGGCCUCGUACCAUCGCCGAAGUUGAAGGUUUUCUCACGAAACUUUUUACUGAUCCGGAUAUCAUUCAGCUACCCUUGCAAACAAUUUCAGGUCCGAUAAUAGCAAAACGUCGGACACCAAUGGUUCAACAGCGAUACAAAGAGAUAGGCGGAGGCUCUCCUAUAUUCCGUUAUACGAGCAAGCAAGGCGACUUAAUGUGCAGUCAGUUAGAUAAGAUUUCACCUCAAAGCGCACCCCAUAAAGCAUACGUUGGUUUUCGCUAUGCGGCCCCAUUCAGUAGCGAUGCUUUGCAGGAAAUUAAAGAAAAUAAUGUCAAGCGUAUCGUGGUGUUUGCACAGUACCCCCAAUAUUCGUGCUGCACUACAGGCAGUUCACUAAAUCAGCUGUGCAAGGAGGCAAGGGACGACCCAGCUUUAAAGGAGGUCCAGUGGAGUUUUAUUGACCGAUGGCCUUUAAACGACGGCUUAGUGGAUUCAUUCGUUGACGCAAUCCGAGAUGAAAUGAAAAAGAUACCUGAAGAGAAACGAAAAGAUCUCGUUCUCGUAUUCACGGCCCACUCGUUGCCGUUGAAGGUUGUGGCCAGAGGGGAUACCUAUCCGGCGGAAGUGGGUUCAACGGUAUUAGCCGUCAUGAAGAGACUAAACUUUACGUACCCUUAUCGACUCGUGUGGCAAUCGAAAGUUGGCCCCAUUCCCUGGCUGGCACCAAAAACAGACGAAACGAUCAAACGCUUGGUAGCGCAGGGGCGUAAGGUCAUCAUGAUGGUACCGAUUUCAUUUGUUAACGAACAUAUUGAAACAUUGCACGAGCUGGACAUUGAAUAUGGAAAGCAGCUUGCUAAAGAGAUCAAAAUCGACAAGAUCUACCGGGCGCAGGCACCGAACACAAAUGUAAAUUUUAUUAGAGGUCUUGCUCAAGAGGUGAAAGCUCACUUCGAUUCGGGAACAAACGCGAGCCCCCAACUGAAAAUGCGGUGCCCUUUCUGCAUCAAUCCCGACUGCAUAAAACUCCGUCAAUGGAUAAACAAAUGCUAGUUUAUUUGAAUCGAUCAAUGGACGGAGUACAGCUUUUCGUCUUUUGGUUGCUCCUUGCCGCUGUUAAUGUAUACACACAUGAAAAAAUAGGGAUAACUGAGCGACGAUUAUAUAUGUAUAGGCAAAAUAUGAAAUCUAACCUUAUGCGGCCUGCAACAUUAUUCUCAUUUUAAAAUGCGCCGGGAUGCAACGAGCAUACCGUUCUUGAGUUUUAAAUAAUGAUCUAAUUUCUACCUAGCUUUCACUAAAUUACAACGGCUUGUGUUUGAUUUACUUGAAUAAUAACAAAACAACUUUCUUUUAUUGUUAUUACAAGCAAGGACAAUAUUCAGUUGUGCUCGUAAGAUGACUUUGCAAUAAUUUAUACAUAAUAUACAGUCAUUGUAGCAAAUAUAUAGUUACAUAUAGUUGGAUCACUUUGAAACUGAAUAUUUUUUAUUUGACGCAACAUCAUCGCAUAAAGUAUCGUUCGACUUGUAUGUUUUGAGAAUGUUUACCUGUAGAAUGUUCAAUAAAUUUCACUUCAGUAGUUACUGAUACAUGUCACAUCCCAUAGAAACAUCUUUGGAACACGAUACUGUACCAUUGCAUCGUACUUUUUGCACAAUUCGGACAUUUUUUACUCUACUGAGCUAAGCGCAAUUUGCCAUUUAUCAAUGCACCUUUCAAUGUAGCACAAUCGAAAGAAGUCCUUAUAACGUAUACCUUUUGACAACAAUUCCGAACUAUUUGUCGGACUACAAUUCAUACAACUUUUUUUUUUGCUGCCUAAAAUUCACGACGCUUUACAUUACUCGUUAUAGGACUAUUUUAACGUAGAGAACAUCUCCGGCUAUAAUAAAGAUCUGUUUUUUGCCGCUUAAUUCGCCAUUUACUAUAUCAAUUAUUCCUAAAACGACUAUUACAGUAGAAGAAAUUGGCUGGCUGAUGUGACAAGCAAUGGGAACACCGUUUACAAGCGGAAUAAUUUGAGUCUUUACGUAACUGACGCAUCACGUGAUCGCUAUACAUAGGUUAUCAGCUUUAACAUUCAAACUGCAUAAUCACGGUUUCAUCUCAAAAAUUAGAUUUACCCUCACAUCACAACUUGUCUCUGCUUCCAUUCGUAAACUGUAAGUGGUAAAAUAAUGCUUAUAAAUAGUACUGUAUUGGCCCUACACAGUCAACGUAUGUUUAUAUAAGGUAUCGUUACAUUAGCUCUUGUAAGGACUUAAGCAGAACAAAUCGGUCAGCUUUGCGUAAACUCAAACGCAAAAUUCUCAUACUUCGCAAUUGAUCUCUGUUGUGGUGAGAUCCUGAUUGCAAUAAAAUGCUCGGAUCGAAUGUGCCUGGCAACAUUUUUCUCACAAUUAGUCCAGCUUCUGUUUAUUACCUACACCUGGCUUAAGGGCAAUGAAGGUUGUCUAAUGAUAAAACAAGCUUGAAUUAAAUCCUGAUUACUGGGACGACGCUCGUCAGUGUUAGAAUGUUUUUUUAUGCCACAGAAUCA